CCUGCGGUGGCCACGGCGGCGGCGGCGGCUGGUGCAAGAGAAGCGACGCGCAUGGGUAGGCUGUGUGUGGAGCUGUUCAGCGCAAAGGUGCUGAGCCUCGCUCGCGCUUAAGGAGGCUCCGCCGGCUGCUGCUGCUGCUGCUGCUCCCUUGGCUGGCGGCAUGGGACUGGGAUCCGGCUUCCUCCACUGCCACGCACAGAAAGGAACCCGACUUUAACAAGCUUAUGCUACAGAAGGAAAGGCUGAAUGAAUCUUGAAACAGGGAGCCCAAGACAGUAGCAGGUCUUUUUCAGGUGAACUUCUGCCAUGGCUUCUUGUGAUGAGCAAUGAUACACUCUGAAGUCUACAGAGACCAAACAUCCAAAGGAAUGGUUGCUUUGCUUCCUUCUCACUGUCACGAAAUGAAAUGGUGUUCCUAAGGUGAUAACUGCUUCUUGCAGUCUAGAAGACACAACUUUGCUAGGACAUUUUGUUUUUAUUUUUUUUGUAUGCAAACGCACAUUCUGAUGGCUGGCGGGCGGUGAUGACACCAUGUAGAAGGUCCUGAAGGGGUGUCCUAACUGAGUUGCAAUGGUUUUAUACACUUCCCCAUUUCCAAACGGCUUUCUGUCAGCACUGCACUCUUUCUCCUGGGGCUUGAUCUUCCCAUGUUAUUGGCUUGGAGACAGGCUUAUAGCCUCCUUUGUGCCUACCACCUAUGAGAAGCGCCAAAGGGGAGAUGAUCCGUGCUACUUCCACGCUCUGUGCAUCAUCAUCACCACUCCAAUUUACCUGGCGCUGCUGGUGGUCUCUCUGCCUUUUGCCCUGAUUGGCUUCCUGCUCUGGUCCCCUCUCCAGUCUGCUAGGCGACCGUACGUCUACUCUAGGCUGCAAGACAAGAGCCAGAUCCAUGGAAGCACGUUGCUCACAGAGUGGAAGGCCGCCAGCAAUGGGAAAAGCUUCUGCUUUGGCAGCGCCAAUGUUUGCCUGCUCCCAGACUCCUUGGCAAGACUGAACAAUGUUUUCAACACACAGGCCCGUGCUAAGGAGGUCGGGCGACGGAUACGGAAUGGGGCUAGCAGGCCACAGAUCAAAAUCUACAUCGAUUCUCCCACAAACACGUCCAUCAGCGCAGCAAGCUUCAGCAGCCUGGUCUCUCCUCAGGGCGGAGAUAGUAAUAACCGCGCAGUCAAUGUGGGCAUCAAGAGGACAACCUCGAUGGAGUACAAAGGGGACAACUCCGGCUCGAACAACAGCGAAGAUGGUAGAGAUGGCAAAGCUGGAGGAGAUACCAAUGAGGGCGAAGAUGGCAACACGUGCAUUGUGCGCAUAGGUGGAGAGGACAAUGGGCACAUUUCAGACCUGGAAGCGGAUGGCACUGGUGGCCAAGUCAAUAACAGCAAGGGGCCAGCAGACCGAUCACCAGAAUCUGAAGCCGAGAGCCUAAAAGGCCAGACGCCGAACCAUAAGCAGAAAGAGGGGGAUGCUGGGAGCCUAGAUAGCUACACUGCCUCGCGAGAGUCCCUCGUGAAGGUGCGUGCCGCAGACGGCCCUGUGGACCAGAGCACUGUCAACAGCAAGCUCCUUUACAAGGCCUCACUGAUGAAGAAGACCUCCUUGAGAAAAAAGAGAAACACGGAUGAGCUCUUUGACCACGAGAUCUCUGCUUUCUUCCCUGCCAAUUUGGACUUCCUGUGCUUGCAGGAAGUGUUUGACAAAAGGGCGGCUGAGAAAUUGAAAGAGGAGCUCCACCAUUACUUUGAAUACAUUCUGUACGAUGUUGGGGUCUACAGCUGCCACGGCUGCUGUACCUUUAAGUUUGUGAACAGUGGCCUGCUUUUUGCCAGCCGCUAUCCAGUUAUGGAUGCUGCUUAUCACUGUUAUCCCAAUGGAAAAGGAACAGACGCCUUGUCUUCUAAGGGAGCCCUGUUUCUCAAGGUGCAAGUGGGAAGUACACCUCAGGACCAAAGAAUUGUGGGAUACAUUUCCUGCACUCACUUGCAAGCUCUGGCAGGGGACAGUACUGUUCGAUGUGAACAACUGGAUCUGCUUCAGGAUUGGCUGGCUGAUUUCAGAAAAUCUACCUCCUCCUCCAGCACAGCCAAUCCAGAGGAGCUGGUGGCAUUUGAUGUACUCUGUGGAGAUCUCAACUUUGACAAUUGCUCAUCAGAUGACAAGCUGGAGCAGCAGCAUUCCUUGUUUACGCGCUACAAGGACCCAUGCCGGCUUGGUCCAGGGGAGGACAAAUCGUGGGCAAUUGGUACCUUGUUAGAUCCAGAAGGACUAUACGAUGAAGAAGUGUGCACAGCAGAUAACCUGCAGAAGACAAUGGAAAGUGAAGAAGGGCGAAAAGCCUAUAUUGUCUUUCCUACCAGCAAGACCCAUCCUUCAAGUCAGAAGGGGAGGAAGAGAGCUUUGAAGGGGAAUGGGAGGCGAAUUGACUACAUGCUUUACACUGAAGAAGGACUCUAUCUAGAGUGGAAAGUGGAAGUGGAAGAGUUCAGUUUCAUUACUCAGCUGGCAGGCUUAACUGACCACCUGCCUGUUGCCAUGCGCUUGAUGGUUUCAACGGGAGAAGAGGAUCCUUAAAAAAGGACCGGUUUCUUUGUCCCCCAAGUGUGUAGAGGAGGGAACUUCCAAACUUGUGACCAAGAUGCAAGACAGAGUGUGGGAUUUUUCGGAUGCCCCCACCCCCUCGAGACCAGGCUUGACUCAGACGAUCCUCUGGCUGCGAUUCUACCUGCUUUUCAGAUUCCUCUCCAUUUGCAUCCUGUUAGGAAGAUGUUAAAAAGGGAAGCAGAGAACGUAUGUGAAUGUGUGCAUGGGGAGAUGGGGAAGGGAGGGGGUGUCAGCCCACCCACAAGCGUCACGAGUUGUCAGGCAACCGGGCAAGCCUGUAUUUCUAUACUUUCACUGUGGACUUAAAAGGAACCAAGGUAGAAGUCCCAAUUCUUUUGAACCAGUGCCAUUCUUACAAAACAAUGUUUUUUAUAUAUAUAUACUGAUAUAUAGCACAAUUUAGUUUGUAAUCAGUCUCUGUGUUAGUGCUGCUCCAAAAGCGAGUUUUCGAAUCAUUUCUUUAUAUAUCCUUAAUGAGCUAAUGCUUAAUUUCUCUCUUCUUCUUUUUUUAAAAAAAUCCUUUUCUUCCCCACCCCCUUUCCUUUCCUUUUUUCUUUUUAGCCUGUUAAUGUUGUAGUAGCAUGCCUGCGUCAGAAGCAUGCCUCCACAUUGCAUGCCACUCACUUAGGAAUGGAAUGGUCAGUGAGGUACCAUUGGGGUGGAGGUGGGUGGGCAGGUAGGGGAAACGAGAAGGAUGGCAAUGGUAAUUCAGAACCCAAAGCGUCCUGGCGACAGCAUUCUUAGGACCUUCAAAACCCAAGUUUGGAAAACAGUGUCAUAUUGCCUAUAAGCAGGCGACUGUCAAAACAGUAGGGCCAAAUCCUAAAAUAUUCUCUACCAAUGCAAUCCUGGAGAAAAGAUUUCAGAAGAUACUAUGGCAGAUGUGGCAGAUACAAGUGGCGGCAUCUUUCCUGGACUGGUCCAUUGCAGCUUGCAGUAUGAGAGGUUUGGCACACAAACUUUCAAAGCUGUCUUAUGUCACCACCAGACAAUAAGUUGUAUCUAACAAAGUGGAAUGGAGUUGCCCCUCAUUCUCCUUCCCUCAGGUGUUUCCCCAAAACCUGUUUGGGGUUCCUCCCCAACCCUCCAGAGCAGAUUUUGGGAUGCCCGGGAAGGGAAGGAGGUUCUGUUGUGCUUCUGGGAGUCCUUCUACUAGCAGGACAACUUUCUUGGAUACAACCCCGCCAGUCUAAUAAUUUAUCUCAACAUUGCCUGCUCUGACUCUCUGGUGGCUCUGACCUGUUCUGGAGCAGCUUCUGUGUGGAUGGGGCCAUAAUUACCCUUCAGGUUCUGAACUUUUGUGAUACCAAAAUGCAUUUAAUAAUGCAUAUUUUAGAAUAAAACGCCUACAUUGAGACAAAAUGCAUACUUAAAUAUUUUGUGAUGAAAUGCAUAUUGAAAUCCAUAUCAAAAUACCGAAAUACAAAUUCUUGUGCAGUUUUUUUAAAAAAAACAACACAGAUUAAUACAGAACAGGAACAGAUUGGAUUUAUGAAUAAACACAUGUAAAGUUGGCGUAGACUAUGGAACCCACCUCAGUUAUGUGACUAUUGGAACGUUCCUCCACCAAAAGAUAGUUCUCAGCAUGUGGAAAGGUAGUAUGUCAGGGGGAAGGC